CUGGGGCGCGGCACUUUCCGGGGAGUGUCGUCCUCCGACCGCUCCUUCGGCUUGGCGGGGGCGAUCUCUGCUCCCCGGAGGUGUGAGCCGCUGCUGAGCCAACGUGGUCCCUCCCGGCGACGGCCGGGCCUCUCACGCCCCGUGUCGGCCUGGACUGCGAGGUGCUGUGGCUUCGGACCGACCCUCUCCCUGAUUUUCUUGCCUGGACUCGUGUCCCCAGGCUUAGUAAGGGCCAAAGUGUACUGGAUAAACUCAGUUUUCUGUCUCCACCCAGUUGAAGACCUGGUGGCAUUAUUGACUAGCUCUCUGCUCACUCCUGGUCUUGUCACUUUCAAUGGAAUUGCUCUGGUAACUUGUCACAUAAUCAAGUCCUUUUUGUCUGCGAUUGUAAUUUUUUUCUGGGCUAACCGUAUCUUCUUUCAUCGCACUUUCCUGACCAAGGAUUGGGUGGGGACCUCAAGGAAAGUCAGCCAUCUCCCUCACCCCAAUUGGAAAGAGCCUUCCUCUGAGCUGUGUAAGCUCAGGAUGGCAACAAAUUCCGGGGCCCUUGAAGCCUCGGCUGGCCAGGCUGCGGAGGAUCAAGGGGAGAUCAUCAAAGUAAAGGUUAAGGAAGAAGACCAUAUUUGGGAUCAGGAAUCCUGCCUACAAGGGAAUCUGUCUCAGACCAGGGAACACUCUCGCCAGCGCUUCAGGCAUUUCUGCUAUCAGGAGACACCUGGACCCAGGGAGGCGCUAAGCCAACUUCGGGAACUUUGCCACCAGUGGCUGAGACCAGAGAUGCACACCAAGGAGCAGAUUCUGGAAUUGUUGGUGCUGGAGCAGUUACUGACCAUCCUGCCCGAGGAGCUCCAGGCCUGGGUGCGAGAGCACCAUCCUCAGAGCGGAGAGGAGGUGGUGACUGUGCUGGAAGAUUUGGAGAGGGAACUGGAUGAACCUAGACGACAGGUCCCACAAGGCCCAUUUGGGCAGGAAGUUUCUAUGGAAGAAAUGGCUCCUCUGGAAGCUACAAAGGAACCCUUAGGUACCCAGCUCCAGUCUUUGGAAGACAGGAUGGACUGUGACUCUCCAGAGCCACACACACUUCAAGAUAAUGGGUCAUUUUUGUGGCUUUCCAUGAUGUCUCAAAGCAUGGGUGAUGAUAACCUCAGUAGCUUGGAUUCUAAUGAAGCAGAAAUUGAACCAGAAAACAUGAGAGAAAAAUUUUUCAGAAGCUUAGUAGUGUUACUAGAAAAUAAAAGUAAUAAUACCAAGAUAUUUUCUAAAGCAAAGUACUGUCAGUUAAUAAAGGAAGUGAAAGAGGCUAAAGCUAAGGCAAAAAAGGAGUCAGUUGACUAUCGUCGAUUGGCUAGAUUUGAUGUGAUUCUGGUACAAGGCAAUGAGAAGCUGAUUGAAGCUGUAAACGGAGACACAGAUAAAAUACGGUAUUAUUUACACAGUGAGGACUUAUUUGACAUUCUGCACGAUACACAUCUCAGCAUUGGACAUGGCGGACGUACCCGCAUGGAAAAAGAGUUACAAGCAAAAUAUAAGAACAUCACAAAAGAAGUUAUUAUGCUAUACUUGACACUCUGCAAACCUUGCCAGCAGAAAAAUUCAAAACUCAAGAAAGUUCUAACUUACAAGCCACUUAAGGAAGUUAACUCAAGAUGUCAAGUGGAUCUUAUAGACAUGCAAUUGAAUCCUGAUGGGGAGUACAAAUUUAUUAUGCAUUAUCAAGACCUUCGUACAAAGUUGAGCUUUUUGCGGGCAUUAAAAUCUAAAAGACCUAAAGAGGUUGCGCAUGCUCUGUUAGAUAUUUUUACAAUCACUGGUGCCCCCAGUGUCCUACAAUCUGACAAUGGGAGGGAGUUUUCAAGCCAGAUUGUCAGUGAACUCAGUAAUAUUUGGCCAGAACUGAAAAUUGUCCAUGGGAAGUCUCAACCUUGCCAAAGUCAAAGUUCUACUGAUCAGACUAAUGAGGACAUCCAAAAUAGGAUUAUCUCCUGGAUGCAAACUAACAAUUCAUCACACUGGGCUGAAUUUUUAUGGUUCAUUCAGAUGACCCAAAACCGUUCCUAUCACAGAGGCAUGCAGCAGGCUCCAUGUGAAGGUCCUUUUAGCUCUGAGGCUAAACUGGGCCUGUCUCAUUCUCAGUUAACUGAAGAGCUUGUUGCCAGCCUGAACACAGAUAAUGACUUAGAACAGCCUGACAGAGAGUUAGAAAAUACUCUAAGAGCGCACUAUGAAGAAAACACUGAGACCGGCACAGAGAGUAGUGACAUUGAAGAGAAUCUUUCUCUUCCUCCCCUGGUGGCCCAAAGAAACCACCCUGAAAACAGACUAAAAUUUUUAUCUUGUGUAGUCUGUGAAAAAGAGUGCACAGGUGCUAAUAGUUGUAUGUCCUGUGACAGGAAUGUCUACCCCGUCUGUGGCGUCCCCUCUUCACAUGAGGCUGAGGGCUGUCACCAUAGAAUAACUUGCAGUCUCUGCAAUGAGACCACUGCUGUGAAGAGGAAACAGAGUGAGAUUCAAAGAAGCUUGAAUGUUCAACCUUCAAAAAUGCUGAAGUCAUCAGAGACACCUUUUUCAUCCAACAAAGUAGGAGAUUGGAUGGCAAAACAAGCUUCACUGGACUUCUUUGUCAAGAAAAGACACGCCUUUUCUGAAUACAGAGGCAAUAGUAAAAGAAAUGGUAACAAUGGGAGUCAUCCUGAAGAGGUGAAAACCAAAAGAGUUCAUACUACUUUCACUCGCAAGUACGAUCCCUCCUACAUCGAGUUUGGUUUUGUGGCCAUAAUUGACGGUGAAGUGCUAAAACCACAGUGCAUUAUUUGUGGAGAUGUACUGGCUAAUGAGGCGAUGAAACCGUCAAAAUUGAAGCGGCAUUUGUAUUCAAAACAUAAAGAAAUAAGUUCCCAACCGAAAGAAUUCUUUGAGAGAAAGAGUAGUGAAUUAAAAAGCCAACCAAAGCCAGUGUUCAGUGUUUCUCACAUCAACAUUAGUGCUUUGCGGGCAUCUUACAAAGUAGCACUUCCGGUUGCGAAGUCUAAAACGCCCUACACAAUUGCAGAGACGCUUGUGAAAGACUGCAUCAAAGAAGUCUGCUUGGAAAUGCUGGGUGAGUCAGCAGCCAAGAAGGUGGCACAAGUGCCGCUGUCCAAUGACACCAUCGCUCGGAGGAUCCAGGAACUGGCUAAUGACAUGGAGGACCAGCUCAUCGAACAAAUCAAACAAGCCAAGUAUUUUUCAUUGCAAUUUGAUGAAUGCAGAGAUAUCGCAAACAUGAUCGUUCUUUUAGUAUAUGUGAGGUUCGAACAUGAUGAUGACAUAAAGGAAGAAUUCUUCUUUUCAGCCUCUUUGCCAACAAACACAACUAACUCGGAACUAUAUGAAGCUGUGAAGAAUUACAUUGUCAACAAGUGUGGUCUGGAAUUUAAGUUCUGCGUAGGCGUGUGUUCUGAUGGUGCAGCUUCAAUGACAGGUAAACAUUCUGAGGUGGUCACCCAGAUUAAGGAACUUGCACCAGAAUGUAAAAUAACUCAUUGCUUCAUUCACCGGGAAAGUCUUGUUAUGAAAAAAAUAUCAGCCGAACUAAAUAGGGUGCUUACGGACAUAGUAAAAAUUGUGAAUUAUGUGAAAUCUAAUGCAUUAAAUUCAAGAUUAUUCUCCCUAUUAUGUGAUAAUAUGGAAACUGAUCAUAAGCAACUGCUCUUACACGCUGAGAUGCGGUGGCUGUCGCGUGGGAAAGUUCUGUCGAGAAUGUUUGAAAUACGAAAUGAACUGCUGGUGUUUCUGCAGAGCAAAAAACCAGCUUGGUCCCAGCUGUUUAAAGAUGUGAACUGGACAGCCAGCCUUGCUUACUUAUCUGACAUCUUCAGUGUUUUUAAUGAUCUGAAUGCGUCCAUGCAAGGGAAGAAUGCUACAUGUUUCUCAAUGGCAGAUAAGAUUGAAGGACAAAAGCAAAAGUUAGAAGCUUGGAAAAGGAGAGUUUCCACAGAUUGUUAUGACAUGUUCCAUAACCUGACGACACUUAUCAAUGAAGUAGGUAACGAUCUUGAUAUUGCACACCUGCGAAAAGUUAUCAAUGAGCAUCUUACAAAUUUGUUAGUUUGCUUUGAAUUUUAUUGUCCCUCAAAAGAAGAUCCAUGCAUAGGAAAUUCAUGGAUCCAAAAUCCAUUUCUUUCAUCAAAAGAUCAUUUAAAUUUAACUGUAACUCUACAGGAUGAGCUGCUGAGGCUGGCUACUGAUGAAGGUUUAAAAAUGAAUUUUGACAAUACAGCAUCACUUCCUUCAUUUUGGAUAAAAGUGAAAAGUGAAUACCCUGAACUUGCUGAGAUUGCUUUAAAAUCUCUCCUUUUGUUCCCCUCAACUUACCUCUGUGAGACUGGGUUCUCUACUUUAAGUGUCAUUAAAACAAAACAUAGGAACAGUUUAAACAUCCAUUAUCCCCUAAGAGUAGCAUUGUCCUCCAUCCAGCCUAGAUUAGACAAAUUAACGAGCAAGAAGCAAGCUCAUUUAUCACAUUAAAAACUUCAAAUGCUGAGUUACAAAGUGUUCUUUCAAAGUCAACAUAUAGGCCUCAUGGAAGUAGGCAUAGUUGUGAUUAAAAUAGCAGUUUUCUAAAUUGCCUAUAUGUAUACUUUCAAUUAUGUGUGCAGUUUUAUCCUUUUAUUUUUAUUUUUCACGUUUGUUAUAUUUAUUUAAAUGUAAUUUUAA